AUGGACUUCAAGGGUGAUAAAAACUAUGAAACCGUUUCGAUUUCCUCCAUCUCGACGAAGGUCAAUAGUUUUACCACCCCAUCAACGCCUGGAUGGCGACCGACAUACAUACGAAGACGAGUGCUAAUGGCAUUCGUGAUCGUCUUCUGUGGCAUCAUUGCAACUCUCGAAGUCCUCAACCACAUCUCCUCGACAAACCAAGGACUUGCCUCAUCCACCGAAAGCCGUCACUAUCUUUGGACCUACGGACCAACCGCCAUUCUUACUCUCAUCUCUGCCUUCUGGGGUCGUGUGGAAUUUCAAGCCAAACAAAGCGUACCAUGGCAAGCUAUGCUUCAAAAGCCCGAGACGCCGGAGAAAAGUAUACUACUUGACUAUAUCUCUGAGAUGCAACCCUUCGCAAUGAUUCGAGCCAUUCGUAAUCGGCAUCAUAUCGUUACUUCGGGAAUUAGUGGCUCGCUACUUCUGCGCCUCCUUCUCAUCAUCUCAACUUCUCUGUUCAGUCUUCAGGAAGUGGGAGUGAACAAGGGAAAGAUUCCAAUCCAAAUACAGGGAAACGUGAGCAAGCUGAGUGUUUCGGACUUUUCUACCGCUUCCAAUCAGCCGUUCGAUGCCAUCAAUGGUAUUCUCUUCGAAAAUGUCUCCUAUGAAGAUGGUACCACUGCGAACUUUAGUUUCCCCACAUUCUCGACAUCUAGCACCUCGAACGAGUCUGUUGUCCUCGCAAACCUUACUGGUCUUGCCCCGGACCUGGAAUGUGAGCCUGCGACUCUUGGGUUUAAUACUUGGUCGAUUGAGCGCGUUGAGUAUCUCCAACAAAAACUGGUAUAUCCGCCACAAAACGAUGUGCUCUCAUCUUCCUCAUGCAAAAUACAAAACAUUUCAACGGUUUUGGGCUUGCCAAGUUUUGGAACUCUAUUGGGCACUCGAGAAACAGCCUUUGCUGCCCUAUUCAAAGCAGGCCAAUGCGAAGGCUCAGAUGGGUCCGAUGGGAAGCGCAUUAUACUAGCGGCAAUAGAAACAAAACUAAGCAAAAAGACUACGCCAAUCCCGACCAACUACACCCUUGAUGGUAGCCCUGAAGGAGCAACUGAAUGGCCGAAAAAUAUCACUGUAAACAAUGCUGUGAAUUUGAUAUGCAAGCCGAUAGUAUCUCUUGUGAAAUUACUAGUAAAGUCCAACGCGACCGAAACAUCCCCGAACAUGGAUAUACAGACGUUUGAAGUUGAGAACACAGUACCACCUGGUCUGGAAGCAUGGGAUAUUGCCAGCAACAUAGUCUCAGAGUCCUCAAUCGUAGCAUCUGAUGAAUCAUCAGCUGCGUGGACCGAGCAACCUAUAUCUCACUCAAAUCUGUUUCAAAAUACAAAUGAGACACAGAUGACUGUUGACUAUGCUAUACAAUUAGGAGCUAUGCUUAUUGGAGAGACCAAAAACUACACUGAUUUCCUUGAAAAAUGUGUACUUUUGAAUGCGGCUUCCAGCUAUUACCGCGCAAUUGGUUCCCAGCUAGUCCAUCAGGGAUUUAUUUCUCAAGGGAAGAUUGCAUCUAGUGGCUUUCAAAUUCUUACCGAAAAUAGGGUCACCAUGACCCAGUUAACACUUCGCGCGAUGGAAGUUUGUCUGGCACUUGCUAUUAUAUUUGCUAUAAAUAUGAUUGUGUUUGCUCCACGGACUGAGUUAUCUCCCUACAACCCAACGUCUAUUUCGGCGGCAGCUGCAAUCAUGUCGAGCAGCAAGGUGCUUCGCAAAACUCUUCGUGGAAGCAGCUCCAAGCCUCUAGAGGCCAUAACCACCCUUUUGGAAGGAAAGCUCUACCAUACGGAGUUGGCUCCAGGGGGCUUCUCAAUUGCUGCCAGGGCCAACAAUACCGAGAAGAAUGCGAAGCAUACCGACAUUGAGAUCGAUCCUAAAAGGAAGCUUCACUGGAGUCCUUUCCCAACGUUUAUUUUUCGUGUCCUUUUAUUCAUUGUGAUAGCACUUUUGAUAGCUGUCUUGGAGAUUGUUCUAUAUGUGUCCGAUGCAAACGAUGGACUGGGAGACAUAUCUUCCAGUAGUGGAACUGUACACUAUACAUGGACCAUACUUCCUGCUCUGAUGAUGGUCCUUAUCGGUGUUCUUUUUGGCAGCAUAGAUUCUAACACUCGGUGCUUGGCGCCAUACAUCCAUCUGAGAGACAAAGCCGGAGCACUCCCCUCACAGUUCAUGUCUGUUGAUUUUAUGGACUCCCUCAACACCACCAAUAUUCUCAAAUCUGCGAAACUGAAGCAAUUUGCUGUCUUGACUACAACAUUGUGCACAUUAGUCACAUCUGUCUUGACCAUCGUUACGAGUGGUCUUUAUACCACCAUGGACGUACCGGGGUAUAUUACCUUGGAAUUCAAUCAAGAAUCAACAUUUUAUGGGAGUGAGGUCUACUACACAAGCCCCGAUGGCACAGACUCUUCUUUCCAGGACAAAGGUCUUUUAACAUCCGAGUACAUUCUCCGUGAUGAUUUUGACUACCCUAAAUGGACAUACGAGGAGCUCGCUUUUCCUGAAAUUUCACUUAAUUCAACGACCUCUACUACAACAGAUCUCACCGACGCAUAUGCAGACAUCACCGUCCCUGCCAUGAGAGCAACAGUAACCUGCAAGUUCCAGUCAGGUGCAGAUCUCAAUGCAACACGCUACAAGUACUAUGGCCAGAACUACACCACGUUCGACCUCUUCUUCGCGCCCUGCAACUAUAGUAGCACCCAUACUUCCUGGGUAAAAGAGGAGUAUAAUUAUAUGCGCCUCAAUGGUGGAUCAAGCUUUGGAUUUACGGCCUUCAACCCCUGUACAGUGGAAAGUGGCGAUUACAUUGCAAACACAAAAGACACUGCUACCAUCAACCCUCUUGGGGGCACAAUAUCAUAUAUCUGGGGCUCUCUUAAUAACAACUCAUUCUCACAUGUUGCCGCAUUGACGUGUCGAGAGUCAGCUGAGAUGGUCGAUACAAAGACCCGGUUUACAUUACCAGAUUUCAAUAUUUCCACAGAGAUUCCUCCUCAACCCGAUGAAUCAACGGCCAGACCAGCCAUAAACUAUACAAACAGCGAAGACUGGACAAGCUCCACCGAGUCAGGAACAGUAAAUAGCUUUGAUAGCUUCUUCAGCGCGCUAGUUUAUGGUAAAUAUGCCAUUCCAAUGGAGUAUCUUGCCAACGAAGCAGACAAUGAGAAGGUGAUUAGCGCUGUGAAGUUCCAACAUCGUGUCGUCAAGGCGCAGAUAUUCAAUUCCUUUAAUCGGGAGUCUGUUGGAAAUUCCUCGUCUUAUCCAUCUCCUGCGACGCUACGAGGAAAAGUUACUACACCAGGACGACUACGUUUAUUCCAGGAUGCUGUCUCGACCCGGGUUCUGGAAGCGUUGCUUGGCACAUUGCUUAUUCUGGGUAUCUUGGGCUCUUUGUUGACGAAUACGGAUCAUGUUUUACCUAAGAAUCCAUGUAGUAUUGCUGCUGUGGCGAGCUUACUGGCUGAUUCAAAUAUCCUACAUCGUUAUACUCCCGACAUUGGAGAUCCAAAUGCGAAGGAGGUCGAAGAGAGGCUUUUUGCGGAUUGUCGGUUCUUUCUGGGUUGGUGCUAUGAUGGGCCUUUGAGAGGGUUCAAUGAUGAUAGAUUUACGAUUUAUCUUACUGAUUAUGGAAUUGAAAAGAAGCUUCAGCUUCCUCCGAGUCGAGAGGGAUGGGUUUGA